CCUCAAUAUUGACCUUACUACCUAGUAAGGUACCGGGUUUCUUAACGGCACUUCCUGCCUGCCUGUGGUCCGCUUCGUCACCUCCGUCUCUAACUGGGGACUCCAUUCGCAGCUUCAGCAUUGUUCCGCCAUCUGAGUGCUCGACCAAGGCAAUACGUUACUGUUCUCCUGCAGACGACACUUCCUCAACGCGUCGAUCGCAACAUUCUUUCAUUCUUACCAACAAGUUGGCCCCCCAAUCGAUGCGAUAGCUACGCGCCUGCGCGUCCACCAUGGCCGACCAGGAGCCGCACUCGCUCGCGUCCACGUUUCCCAACCCGCCGCCCUUUUGGAGGGACUUUACGCCUGACAGGAUCGCGCGGAUCGAGGACCUGCGGGCAGCCCACGCGGAACAUGUCGGCGACGAGGGCGAUGCCUCAACAACGACCCUACGGCUGCCAGGCGUACCAGAGGACCUGGCCAAUUUGGAGCCGCCUCCAGAGCCCACCGACGGCCGAUGGCGCGUCUUUGGCGAUCAGUACAUGGUACUUGCGGGAUCUGCCCCUCCUGUUUUGGUACGUGCGGUUGUGGCUGAUGGAUGGACGUGACGCAGCUCGACGAUAAGCUGCCGACGCUCGAGGAGCAAGGCAUUACGAACCUCCCCUCUACGAACACCAACAGUGCGGGCGGCAACAAAACGGGCGGCGCCGGCGCAGACGACGACGGACAGGCAAACGCCAAAGAUGCCAAGCAUUACGACCGGGCGUUUGAGCUGAAGAAGCUGACCAAGUCGCUGCUCCUCAACUUCCUGGAGCUGGCGGGCGUGCUGUCGCGCAACCCAGCGCACGCCGAGGCCAAGACGGCAGACCUGCGGACACUCUUCAUUAACGUACACCACGUUCUCAACGAGUACAGGCCGCAUCAGGCGCGCGAGUCGGCCAUUGAGAUGAUGCAGGAUCACCUCGACCGGACGCGCGCCGAGACGCUGGCCAUUCGCACGCAGGUGGAUAAGGCGCGGAGCGUGCUCGAGGGGCUGGGCAGCUUGGGGCUGACGACGACAGCGGCGGAAGGGAAGCAGCAGCAGCAGCAGCAGCAGACGUCGGCCGGAGAUGCUGCUGCUGCUGCUGCUCUAAUUAGCGGCGAUGGUGGGAGCGAUGACGGCGUUGAGGCGGAGAGAGUAAGGCUGGCGAGGGAGCGGGAGAGGGGGGCUUGGGCGGCGACAGAUGCGGCGCUGGCGUGACGAUUAACGACUUGAUACCAUUACGCGGAGGGGCGGCGGCGGAGUCUUGAUAGAACAAUAGA